AUGCAUGUUCACACACACACGUCCAAGGAAUAUUCUUCCCUUGAUGCUUCUGAGCAGAAACACCUGUAUUUGAUGAAGAAAGGUGACAGGACCAUGUGCGAUACAGAGAAGGGCAAGAUUCAUCAGGAACAUCCUUUGAGAGCUGAACUGCAUCUGUUACACUCCAGAAGGCUCACAGGAGUUACCCAUGAGGACGUCAGUCAGCGACAGGACUGCAAGCAGGAGCUGGAGACAGAAAGUGAAGUGGAGAUACCUUUUGGAAAGGUAACUCCCUGUGAGAUGGAAGUCUGGGAAUGUGAGGGCAGUGGUAGAGCCCACAUCAGUAAGGUUAUCCUUGCUGGGGACAAACCAGACCCAUGCAUUUAUGGGAACGGUGCCAUUUGGAUUCAGCAGGUGGGAGAGAAAGCCUACGAGUGUCCCAAAUGUGGGAAGAGCUUCAGCCGCAGCUCGUACCUGAGCCAGCACCAGAGGAUCCACCUGGCAGAGAAACCCUUCAGCUGCUCCGAAUGCGGGAAGAGUUUCACCCGCAACUCGGACCUGGUCAAACACCAGCGCAUCCACACAGGUGAGAAGCCCUACCAGUGCAACGAGUGUGAAAAGACCUUCAGCCAGAGGUCCAAUGUGAUCAGGCACCAGCGGACCCAUACUGGAGAAAGACACUACCGGUGCAACGAAUGCGGGAAGAGCUUCAGCCAGAACUCGCACCUCAUCGUCCACCAGCGAAGCCACAAGGGUGAGAAACCCUUUCAUUGUCCCCGGUGUGAGAAAAGCUUUGGCGACCGCUCCUCCCUGAUCAUCCACCGGCGAGUCCACACCGGAGAGAAGCCCCACAAGUGCCAGGAGUGCGGGAAGUGCUUCCGGGACAGCUCGGCCAUCAUCCGGCAUCAGAGGAUCCACACGGGAGAGAAGCCGUACGAGUGCACCGAGUGCGGGAAGGCCUUCCGGCAGAGCUCCUCGCUGGUGACCCACACGCGGACACACACGGGCGAGAAGCCCUACAAGUGCCCCAUGUGCGGGAAGGGCUUUAGCCAGAGCUCGGCACUCACCACGCACCGCCGGACCCACGUCAGGAAGGCCCUGCCCACGUGCCACGGCGGCCUCCUGCCCAGCCCUUACCAGUGUGCCGAGUGCGGCCGGAGGUGCGGCGACUGCGCCGGCCUGGCCAAGCACCAGACGACCCAUGCCGAGGAGCGUCCCUACAUCUGUGUGGAGUGCGGGGACAGCUUCCGGCGGAGCUCGGCCCUCAGCGUGCACCUGAGGAUCCACCGGGGGGAGAGGCCCUACGGGUGCGAGGAGUGCGGGAAGGCGUUCAGGCACAGCUCAGCCCUCGGUGCCCACCUUCGGAUCCACGCCGGGGCCAAGCCCUACGAGUGCGGCGAGUGUGGGAAGAGCUUCCGGAAGAGCUCGACGCUUACAGUGCAUCUGAAAAUCCACGCAGCCAAGAAGCCAUACAGGUGUGCGGUGGGCAGGAGAACACUCACCUCCCUCUCACUCCUGCCGUAG